GUCACUUCUAAGUACUAUGGGAUUCUCAAAUGUAGGUGAGAGUUGAUUUUACAAGCGUAUACAAUAGGCCGAAAUUUGACUGAACCAGUUCAGUUGGAAACAAACAGCACUGUACGUUGAGACAUACUGUUACGGUACGCUUGCUAUAAACCGAUCUUUGGACUUAGGCCUACCUGUUCUUUCAGAUAUGGAUUCUCUCUUAUGGGAAUAUGAAGGGGUUCCGCUGAUGAAGAAUGCGAAUCCGGAAGAAGUGCUAAAAAAUAUAAAGGACUUCGAAGUCCGCGAAGACGACAUUUGGCUGUGCACAUACCCCAAAUCAGGCACACAUUGGUUGAUGCAGAUUAUACAGCUACUACGGUUUGACAGUGACUUCGAAAAAGUGUUGGAAAGAGGUUUUAAAGACUCUCAGUUAUUGGAGCACUUUUUUCCAACACCAAUUACAACACAAUACGGUACGACAAGUUACGGUUACAAGUACUACGAACAGUUACCAUCACCUCGCCUAGUUGUAACGCAUCUACCUUUGAAACUUCUUCCAAGACAAGUUUUUGAAAAAAGGGCAAAGGUGAUAUACGUUGCCAGGAACCCGAAGGACACAGCAGUGUCAACGUAUCAUUUCAGGAAACCAAUGUUUAAAAAAGUGAACAUCGAGGUUGAUUGGAAUCAGUUAAUUCAAUUCUUCAUGACAGGCAAAGUUCCGUGUGGACAAUGGGCAACACACUUGCUACCAUUUUGGAAUCGCCGACAUGAAGACAAUGUGCUGUUCUUGAAGUUUGAAGAUAUGAAAAAGAAUACAAUUGAUAAUGUUCGAAAAGUUGCGGAAUUUACAGGCUUGCCUACAUCCGAAACAGUUCUGCAAAAGACUGUCGAAAACUCAUCGGCUAAAAAGACAAAAGUAGUCAUGGAUAACGGAGUAUCCGACGCUGCGAAACAGGUCGGUGUAGGAAAUUUUGUGCGUAAAGGUAUUGUUGGUGAUUGGAAAUGCACAUUUACCGUAUCUCAGAGUGCAGCAUAUGAUGAAAUAAUAAGGAAUUACCUGAAAGGAACGGGACUAGUAUUUGAGUAUGAAUAAGUAUUAUACAGUUUCGACGGCUAAAGCUCUCUAUCCACACUAUCAAAUUUAAUUUGAAAAAUACCUAUUCGUACAUAUGGCAUCAUCAUGCCCAUAUAUGGAUGUCAUGAUGGAUAUAUGGAUGUUGAAUGACAUCUUUUUUAUAUAUGGAUGUUGUAUGAUCACCAUGUCUGUAUAUGAAUGUGAUAUGACAUCAUCAUGUCCAUAUAUGGAUGUGAUAUGGCAUCAUCAUGUCCAUAUAUGGAUGUGAUAUAUCAUCAUGUCCAUGUUAUGAGUUAUUCACACAAAAUUGUCACAUGAAACAUCUUAGUAUGCCUAGAGCUUGGCGUCUGAUAAAGUUUUCA